AAUAUAAAUGGGAUGAGACUGCGCACUUACUCUGUUGCACGCCCCACGUGCAUCAAUCAACAAUCAUGGAUUCUAAUAAUUUGUUUAUUUUACUUGUGCUUUACAUUUCGGAAUUCUCUGGGGGACAACCAAUCGUUUUCCGCCCUGGUUACACAUAUAUUGCACAACAACAAAGCUUCUACAAGGUUCACUUGUCCAGAAUGAGCUGGUUUGAAGCCAAGCGCAUGUGUGUUCUUGAAGAUGCCAGUCUAUUCUACCCACAAAAUGAGGAGGAAGCCAAAGAUGUCCUGUCGUUUAUUACACAUACUGCACCAACGAUACCAUCAAUAUAUUUGUCAUUAAAUGAUCUUGACACAAAAGGAAUGUAUCAGACCAUUGAUGGUAAACCAAUCUCCGAUGUAUACCACAAGUGGAGUCCAGGUGAGCCAAACAAUAAUAAUGGCGAAGAAGAUUGCGUUAUCUUAAUAUUAGAAAAUGGACUAUUUAAUGAUGGUAACUGUAACACUACGGAAUAUUUUGUCUGUAAGAAGCCGCUUGAUUCGAGAAGCAAUAUGUCGAAUUCAGUUGGUCAAGAAAUCAUUUUCCGACCUGAUUACACAUAUAUUGCACAACAACAAAGCUUCUACAAGGUUCACUUGCCCGAAAUGACAUGGUUUGAAGCCAAGCGCAUAUGUGCUCUCGAAGACGCAAGUCUAUUCUACCCACAAAAUGAGGAGGAAGCCAAAGAUGUCCUAUUGUUUAUUAAAGAUACUGAUCCAAUGAUAUCAUCAAUAUAUUUGUCAUUAAAUGAUCUUGACAAAAAAGGAGUGUUUAAGACCAUUGAUGGUAAACCAAUCUCCGAUGUAUACAACAAGUGGGGUCCAGGUGAGCCAAACAAUCUUGGCGAUGAGGAUUGCGCUGUCUUACACCAAAAUGGGGAACUAAAUGAUUUAAACUGUAACAUUAAGCAACGUUUUGUCUGUAAGAAGCCGCUUGAUUCGGGAUGCAAUAUGUCGAAUUCACUUGGACAAGAAAUCGUUUUCCGACCUGAUUACACGUAUAUAGCACAACAACAAAGCUUCUACAAGGUUCACUUGUCCAAAAUGACCUGGUUUGAAGCCAAGCGCAUGUGUGCUCUUGAAGAAGCAAGUUUAUUCUACCCAGAAAAUGAGAAGGAAGCCAAAGAUGUCCUGUCGUUUAUUCAAAAUACUACGCAAACGAUACCAUCAAUAUAUUUGUCAUUAAAUGAUCUUGAGAUAAAAGGAGUGUAUCAGACCAUUGAUGGUAAACCAAUCUCCGAUGUAUACAACAAGUGGAGCCCAGGUGAGCCAAACAAUAAUAAUGGCGAAGAAGAUUGCGUUGUCUUAGUAUUAGAAAAUGGACUAUUUAAUGAUGGUAACUGUAACACUACGGAAUAUUUUGUCUGUAAGAAGCUGCUUUAUUCAGUGAGACGGAAUUCGGGAUGCAAUAUGCCGAAUUCAGGAGGCAAACGAGCAAACGAGUCACCUGAUGGUAAGCGAUCAGCGCCGUCCAUGGACACCCGCAACACCAGAGGAAUCACAGGGGGACAAGACAUAAUUUUCCGACCUGAUUACACAUAUAUUGCACAACAACAAAGCUUCUACAAGGUGCACUUGCCCGAAAUGACCUGGUUUGAAGCCAAGCGCAUAUGUGCUCUCGAAGACGCAAGUCUAUUCUACCCACAAAAUGAGGAGGAAGCCAAAGAUGUCCUGUUGUUUAUUAAAAAUACUAAGCUACCGAUUCAUUCAAUAUAUUUGUCAUUAAAUGAUCUUGACAUAGAAGGAAUGUAUCAGACCAUUGAUGGUAAACCAAUCUCCGAUGUAUACAACAAGUGGGGUCCAGGUGAGCCAAACAAUAAUAAAGGCGAAGAGGAUUGCGUUGUCUUAUUCGAAAAUGGACAAUUUAAUGAUGUUAACUGUAACAAUAUGAAACAUUUUGUCUGUAAGAAGCCGCUUGAGGCAGUGACAUGGAAUUCGAGAUGCAAUAUGUCGAAUUCAGGUUACAUAUUCAGCGAGGAGACAGGCAACUGUUACAAGUUGCACACGAAGCCUUUGAACUGGAUUGAUGCGUAUGCCACGUGUCUGCUUGAGCGAACUACCCUGGCCGUGAUCGACUCCACGUCAGAAAGAGAUUUCCUCGCAAAUCUAGCGAUACGCGCGGCGACGCAUCUAAUUUCGGAGACUUAUCAAAAAGGAAUAUUUCAUUUGGGUUUCCAUAACAGACAUAAUACUGGUUGGACAACAGUUAGAGGAAAUCCUAUAGUAACUGAUAAUGAAUACUGGUGGGGCGGCCACUACCCUGGUGAAGAAUGCAAUAACAAGUGUGGUGGUAUGUUCUACGAUGGAUACCUGGUCAACAACGACUGUGAAGUUAAGAGUUUCUUCAUUUGUGAACACCAAGGAGAAAACCAUGUCGGAAAGAUUAAUAUGGACCAGCAAUCGGUUGCACUGGUUCCCGAGGUGGUGACGCCUGAGCCCUGAGGAGCCUACCUUAAUAAAGCUAAGGCUUCCUUGCCCUUCGCCGCUCGUUCGGUGUGAGUUGAGCCUAAAUACCCCGUCAUCAUCCCUACUGCUUCCACCAGCCUCUGCCAAUGGCUUUGCUCUUAUUCCUUAUUUAUUUAUAUUAUUAUUAUCUCAUGUUGUUCCAGUUCAGACUGUAAUCUAUCUCUGCGCUAAACUUCAUCAAAAUUCAUCCAAUCGUUUCUUCAUUAAAGAAUAGGUAGCUAACAAACAUAAAUGUCCUCACAAAUUGAAAAUAUUUUAGUUUUCUCGGCCUUUUUAAGAUGGAGGUUCAAUUCCACCCUAAUCAUCCCAAACCCCGAUUCCCCAAUAACCCUUAAAUUCCUAACCCCCAAAAUGCCCGCAAAGCACUUGUAUACUGUAUAGCCUCUGAUGUUUCAAGUGUCCAUGGGCGGCGAUUGCUUACCAUCAGGUGAUACAUCUGCUCGUUUACCGUUUAACGGCGAAUUCCAUAAAAAAGUGAUAUAAUCUAUUUUCUUGUUUAUAAAUAAAUUGCAAUUUAGUACGUUUA